AUGAUUGACAAUGGUUCUUUAGAAAAUGCACCAAUUCCUAAUCCUAAGUUAUGUGGUAGCAACCAAAGUCCUGGUGUCCUACAAUGUAUAUGCAGGUUCAUAUUGUCUCAGCAAUCUAAAAUCUAUGGCGGAUUAGUUGAAUAUAUAGAUGGAGCUAGUGUCGGGACACCUAGAAUUAAUAAGAAUGAAGGGGAUAAAGCGUUUACCAAGGAUAAUUGUUGUGAUGAUGUUCGGAGAAGUUCUCAGUGCGAUAAAUUGACGCUAACCAUCGAAACACUUUUAGUCGGAGAAAACUGUUUAGAACACUGUGGAGAUAAUCAGCUUCCUGUCUAUGUUAUGGAGCAAUGGACAGCCCAAGUUCUCCCUCAGAAUUUUAAAAAUAGGGGAAUCUCUAUUUCCGGUUGUCAGAGUGAGCUCUUGGACUACAUACAAACAUCCCCUUUAAUGGCUGCAAUCAAAGAACCAGGUCGCCCUCGCAGAUAUAAGCUUACUCACAGAUCCUAUGUAUGUGAUCGCAUUUCUCAAGUGGGUGAUUCUUUUCUUAUGGAUGCAUCAGAUAUACUGAGUAUGGACUGUUUAAGUGACAGGAAUAAAAACAGUCAAGAUGAUGAUCAUGAUGGUAGUUCAGUCUCAAAAAUAGUUCGUCAGAUGGAUGGUUGUGAAAGUCCUAUUAAACGAGUUUUUACACCUGUUUGUAUUAGUGAAAAGGAGAUUUUGCACAUCACUGUUGUAACGCUAAAACAUCUUCCCCAACAGUUUCUUGGUUGUCCACUUUGCCUAAAUUCAACUUACUCAACAAAUAAAGAUAGCUUCACUAUGCUUAGUCGUGCUAGAUGUCAUUCACCUGAAACUUUUGUAGACUUGGAUGUUCGUAAAAAGAACACUGCACUUGUUUCUCGUACAACCUACGGAAAGCCUAAUGUACAUCCGCCAAACUUUCUUAACUUACCUAAAUGCUCUUCAAACGAAGAAGUUGUCAGAAGUCCUAUUGUUGUCAUGGCAGAUACAGAAGAAAAGUUUAUACAAUCUACGUUUGAUAACCCCUUUUACAACAUCCUACCACCCUGCUCUUCUUUGGAUUGUACCGAAUCAGGUCACUCGACUUUAACAAAAAAGUCAUCUCGUUUGACUGACUCCAAUAGAAUAUGCCAGAUUCCUCUAGAGUCACCUCCCCGUAAACAGCAACGUAUCAGUUGUUACGCUCAUGAACUUAGUUCCGAAACAAAAGAUUCAGAUGACUCCAAUGAAAUGCCCUCUUCCGUCACCCCUACCAUAAACAAAACUCCAGGUGUGCAACGUGAAGGCUGUAUUAACAAAGUAAUUGCAGAAUUCACGCUACUGAAUGUCGAACGUGACCUAAUUAUGAACUCAGUUGACGAUUCGAAUAUUGGUUCAGUAUGUAUACCACCUGUUAAUGCCUGUUUUUCUUCUCCCUUCGAUGUGCACAGAGACUCCAUACAAUGUAGCCAACUCAGUUAUAGUACGGCUAAAAAGCGUGACCAUGCAUCUGAAUCUCAGCUAGGCACAGAUUCAGAGGAUUCAGUACUAUUAACAUCACCGAGUGCUAGUUCUCAACCGGUGCCUAGAUUAAGCAGGAGACGAAACGCUACUUCCGUAUCCGUCUGGCCUUCAUCAUCGUUUCACAAUGACGGCACUCCUUUCUUCAACCGCCGUACUGGAUUGCCUUUACAAUCAUCUCCGGUUCCUCUCAAAAGAAGUACAAGUGGAAAGUUUGAUUUCGAUUUAUCAUUGAAUCGCAUGAAAACAUCUAGAAGCUCUAUUUGUAUGGUAUACAAUCAUAAUUUGCAAAAUUCCAGUGAAAUCAAUACAGAUCAUGUUCAAGAACCUUCAUCAGGGAUGGAAAGUUUAAAAUCUGACAAAAAAUUCAAUAAUAAUACUGAUAACAGUAGUAAUGAUAAUAAUGAAACUAAUAGCAAUAAAUCAAAUCAAACUAUUACAUCAUUUCGUCGACGACCAUCUAGUCUACGAUUUACAUCUCAAUAUCAAGAACAAUCAUUUGAACGUAAUACUGUUAAUAGUUCUAUCAUUGGUGGUUCUAAUAAUCGACAUACAGUAACAGGAGCAAGACGACGUAAUUAUCCUGUAGAAAUGGAUUCAAUUGAAUUAAGUUGUAGUGCACCACCGUCUGGAGGUCGUGGUUUUCAACCACAUAAAAAUAUAACAAGUCGUUUAGCAAAUACUAUGGCAUGUACACCAGUACCACAUGGUAGUUCACAACAUUUGCUAGUCAAUUUUGAAGAAAGUAUGCUUAAUGGACGUAUACAUCCAGUUGGACAAGUUGAAGGAUUUUCAAUUGAAUUAGGCGCUAGUGGUUCAUUCUAUCCAAAUCAUAUACGUCUUCCAAUGAAAGCAUAUUUUUUCAAUUUAUCUGAUGAUAAUGCACCAUCACCGUAUUUAGGCUAUGCUGAUUUAAAACAAUUACCUAGUAAUAAAGGUUAUCAUAUACCGAAGAAAGGUUCUAUUCAAUUAACUUUAUUCAAUCCAACUGGUCUUGUAGUGAAAAUGUUUGUUAUUGUAUAUGAUUUAGCUGAUAUGCCACCAAAUUGUCAAACAUUCUUAAGACAACGUACAGUUUAUAUGCCAAUUCAACAACAUAAUCAAUUUCAUUCAUCUUAUAUAAUUUCCAAUUCAACACAAUCAACAUCUUUACAUAACAAUUCCACUUGUUCAUUUCAUAAACCUCAAUAUCAUUCAACACAUACUAAUACGAAUCAUUUAAAUUGUAAUAGUACUCCUAGUACAUCAAUGAUAAAUACGAAUGUAUCAAUGAAUAAUACAUUAUCCAAUUGUAAUACAGAUCAUUUAUGGAAUAUAUCAUCAAAAUCAUUAACUGAACCAAAUACACCAUCAUUUCUAUCUUAUUCAUCAUCAUGUUCAUGUUCGUCUAUUACAUCAAUUGGUUCAUUAAGUUCAUAUGGUUCACAGAAUGCUGUUAAUAAUAAUAACACUACUAAUAGUAAUACUACUACUACUAAUAAUACUACUGGUAUUGCUGGUGUGUCAUUGAAUACACGUAAUGAAUUACCUGCCUACUUACGAUAUCUAGUUCAUUUAAGAUUUCAUACAACUCGUUCAGGUAAAUUAUACCUUCAUACAGAUUUACGUUUAAUAUUUUCACGUGAUAAAUUUGAAUUUGAUCCACGUAUAGCAACUUAUGAAUUACGUUCAUUUGUUGAUGCUCCAUCAAAUCCACGUUAUUCACCAAAAAAAUGGUCAACACGUCAUCAGAAUAUAACAAAAUAUCAAAAAUCAAUUCAUCAUUCAAAGAUUACAUAA